AUGGAUUUAUUGACAACACAAAAGUUUAUUGAGCGGGGCUCCCAUAAAGGAAAGGGCCUCGCAGUGUUUACAAGUGGUGGUGACUCCCAGGGAAUGAAUGCCGCAGUUCGGUCGGUGGUUCGUAUGGGUAUUUAUUUGGGAUGUAAAGUGUAUUUUAUACGGGAGGGAUACCAAGGUAUGGUAGAUGGUGGCGAUAAUAUUGAAGAAGCUAAUUGGUCCUCCGUAAGUUCUAUAAUCCAUAAAGGUGGCACAAUAAUUGGAUCUGCUCGAUGUAUGGAUUUCAUAAAAAGGGAAGGUCGUUUGAAAGCUGCUUUUAAUUUGGUCACCCGUGGAAUAACAAACUUAGUGGUUAUUGGUGGUGAUGGCUCCCUCACUGGAGCAAAUCUUUUCCGUCAAGAAUGGUCAAGCUUACUAGAUGAGUUACUUGAAAAUAAUAAAAUUACUAAAGACCAAAGAGAAAAAUACAAAUAUUUGCAUAUUGCUGGCAUGGUAGGUUCCAUUGACAACGAUUUCUGUGGCACAGACAUGACAAUAGGCACUGACUCUGCCUUGCAUCGUAUUAUAGAAGCUAUUGAUGCUAUAGUAAGCACAGCAUAUUCCCAUCAAAGAACAUUUAUUAUGGAGGUGAUGGGAAGGCAUUGUGGAUAUCUGGCUGUGGUCGCAGCCUUGGCAUCAGAAGCAGACUAUGUAUUUAUUCCUGAGGCACCACCUUCCGUAGACUGGAAAGAUAAACUUUGUGAUAAAUUAGAACAGGCAAGCAAUGCUAGCGAAUUUGUUUAUCUGGCAUUAGUGGCCGCUCUGGCGAGCGAGGCUGAUCAAGUAUUCAUUCCUGAGGACCCUGUUCCCAAUAAUUGGGUUGAAAAGCUUUGCAAAAGAUUACAGCAGGAAAGAAAGUCGGGACAACGUCUUAACAUUAUCAUAGUAGCGGAGGGCGCUAUUGAUCGUGAAGGUAAGCCGAUCACCGCCGAACUAGUAAAGAAAGUCGUCGUGGAAAAUCUUCAACAGGAUACUCGCAUCACCGUUCUGGGUCACGUUCAGCGAGGUGGUUCACCUUCCGCCUUUGACAGGAUUUUGGGUUGCCGUAUGGGAGCAGAGGCGGUGAUGGCAUUGAUGGAAGCAACUCCCGAAACGGAGUCGUGUGUCGUGUCUUUGGACGGCAACCAGGCUGUACGUUUGCCACUUAUGGAGUGUGUACGUCGUACUAAAGCUGUUUCUCAGGCAAUGGCGGAUAAGAAUUUUGACCUUGCGGUACAACUGCGCGGGCGCAGUUUUGCUCGCAACUUAGAGACGUACAAAAUGCUGACACGUUUGAAGCCACCUAAGGGAGCUUUCGAUGAAUCUGGUAAACCUUCUGAAGGCUACACACUAGCGGUGAUGCAUGUUGGUGCGCCGGCUUGUGGCAUGAACGCGGCCGUGCGCUCGUUCGUACGGAACUGUAUCUACCGUGGUGACACCGUACUCGGCAUACACGACGGUAUGGAGGGAUUUAUCAGUGGCAACAUUGUCAAGAUGGAUUGGUCGGAUGUUACCGGUUGGGUGGCUCAAGGUGGUGCCUUCUUAGGAACAAAACGCACAUUGCCUGGCGAUAAAAAAGGAGAAAUCGCUGCACGUAUUAAGCAAUUCAAUAUUCAAGGCCUACUUAUUAUCGGUGGUUUCGAGGCGUAUCAAGCAGGCUUAGAGCUUUACGAGUCUCGCUCGCAGUUCCCCGAGUUCUGCAUCCCAUUGGUAGUGAUCCCUUCGACGAUCAGUAACAACGUGCCCGGGACAGACUUCUCACUCGGCGCUGAUACGGCUUUGAAUGAAAUCACCGAAAUUUGCGACCGUAUUAGACAGUCUGCACAGGGAACUAAGCGCCGUGUCUUCGUGAUAGAGACUAUGGGAGGAUAUUGCGGCUACUUAGCUACCUUGGCUGGUUUGGCUGGCGGUGCCGACGCAGCGUACAUUUACGAAGAGAAGUUCUCUAUAAAGGAUCUGCAGCAAGACGUGUACCACAUGGCAUCGAAGAUGACUGGCGGCAUACAGCGCGGUCUCAUCCUCCGUAACGAAAAAGCUAACGACAACUAUAACACAGAGUUCAUUUACCGUUUGUACUCGGAGGAGGGGAAGGGCCUCUUCACUGCUAGAAUGAAUGUUCUAGGUCAUAUGCAGCAAGGUGGUUCACCGACACCUUUCGAUCGCAACAUGGGCACCAAGAUGGCUGCCAAAUGCCUGCACUGGCUGGUCGAAAACAUUCAGAAGGGGUCAGCCAACACACCUGACUCCGCCUGCUUGCUCGGAGUAGUUAAACGUCAAUAUAAGUUUACACCACUUGAAGAUCUAAAAUCGCAAACUAACUUUGCGCAGAGAGUACCCAAACAGCAAUGGUGGAUGAAAUUGCGUCCCUUACUCCGCAUUUUGGCUAAGCACGAUUCUACUUACGAAGAGGAGGGCAUGUACAUGACCGUCGAACAAGGAGAAAUUGACUCUGAAAACGUCAUAUAA